UGCACAAGACCAACAUGUAGGAUCGAAUCUCCCCUCCCCCAGUGCCGUUCUCGCUUCGCCUGCCUCGCCUGCAUGAGGUGCCAGGCAUCCGAAAGCUCGCCGCUCCGGCGAUGGACAUACCUGGAUCCGAGUCUGUGGGGGAAUCUCGGCCGAGACUACGUUGGCCGGGACAACCUUCACGAUCCUGAGCAGUACGACCGGGGCACAAACCCGUGAACGGCCACGGUGCCGUCUCUUUCUGAGGCCAAGGCUUCGUGCGCUCGGAAGAGGCAUGGC